GCUCCCGAGCUCCAGCUCAGAAUUUACUCCCAGUCCCAGAGUCCCUUCUCGGCGCACGCCAGUUCGGUCGCCUCACCUCGGCUCGUGUCCUAACUCCUAACCCCAUCCGGCCAUACAUUAGCAGGCAGCAGCAGAGGCCGAGCGCUGGCGGUUUCGUCUUCGUCGUAUCUGCUCUCCCAACCUCCCAAGGACGCAGGUCACGCCACAUCGAUCGCCUCCGUCUCUCCGGCGCACAAGAUCAAAUUAUUCCUUCGGAGGUCGGAGCAAUAAUCGCGGUGUAGUUCGGUUGGCGCGGCCGUGCAAGAAACAGCUGCCCGCCAUGGGCGGCGCGGAGCUGGAGGAGAGGCCGGGGCCGCAGGCGCUGAUGCUCAAGGAGUGGCUGGAACUGGAGUCCAGCGCGGAGCUCUCCCGCGACGGCUUCGGCUGCUACCCGCGGCACCUCGCCGCCGAACUCCGGAACGCCAGCGGCAGGCGGAGGAACGGGGACGUCAUCGCCAGGUUCUCGGCCGCGGUGAGGGCCGCGCUGGCGCUGCCCCGCGUGCCGGCGGGGCGAGAGGGGGAGGCGGCGGCCGCGCUCCCCAGGACCAGGAGCCUCUCGAGGAGGCUGCGGGUUGGGUUCUGGAAGAAGCGGAGGGGGGAGGAGGAGGAGACGGACAGGCCGGUGGGCAGCUGCUCCGCGACGGCAGCGAGCAGCGGGAGGAAUGCGCCGCCGUCGCCUGCAAUGUCCCCGCGUCGCAUGAGCUGGGAGGGACGGCAGGCACGUGGCGACGGUGCAGGUCAUCUGAGCGGCGGCCGUCGGAGCCAUGAAAAAAUGGUUGCGGGAUGCGAGUGCGAGACGACGUGUCGCUUGGACGAGGCGCGGGAGCGGGAGCGGGAGCAGCGGCUGAGCCCCGUGUCGGUGAUGGAUUUCCUCAGCCAGGACGGAGAUGACGGCCACGACGACGACUGCAACGACCGCGGCGGCGGCUCUCCGACGUUCGAGCGAAGCCUAGCCAGCAUCCGAAGAGCAAGCCAGCAGCUGCUUCAGAGAGUCCGGCGAUUCGAGCAGCUGGAGGAGCUCGACACGUCCGACGUGGACGACGCCGCCACGACCGCCGAGGACACAGAAAGCAGCUGCCACGUCGAGGAGCUGGACCCAACCGAAGAAGACGACGAAGCGGGCUCGCCGCGCGCCGCCCACUGCUUCAAGAAGCUCCUCAAGGAUUUCUUUCGCGAGGGCCUGUCGUCGUCGCCGUGCCACGACGGGAGGCCGGACGACCCAGAGGAGGUGGAGAGGUCGUUGCUGGAGACCGCCAGGGCGUGGGUGGACGGGCGCCACCGCGCGCCGGUGCCGGACGGGAAGGCGGAGGUGGAGGAGAUCGAGCGGCUCGGGCGGUGGAGGCGCUUCGGGGAGGAGGGGCGGGAGCUGCUGGGCUGCGACGUGGAGGGCGGCAUAUUCUGGUCCCUGGUGGAAGAGUUGGUCGACGAUCUCUGCUGACCGAGCAGCGCCGCAGCAUGAAUGAAACUGUACCUGGAUAGGAAUAGGAUGGCGUGGAUACAGAGUUUAUAGGUAGACUCGACAUGUGUUUCGUGUUGGGGAUCCGGUAUGAUUCCUUACCCGA